AUGUUUAGACAUUGCACAAAUAAGGUUUUCGUUUUCCAACAGGUUGACGCUAACCUUUUAGCAAUCUCCAAAAUGGAACAAAAUAAAGAAACACUUCUGACUGAAAUCAGGAGCCGAAUAAAUGAAAUGAAUUCACGCACAUUAUAUUUACGUAAAUUACCACGAAAUACAAGUCUUUCUCAGCUGAAAGCAUUGUGUCGUAGUUCAGCAAAUGGUCGGUUGCUAAAUCCGUCCCGUCACUUAAAACAUAGAUUAGCACUUAUGGAGUAUAAUUCACGUGAAGCAGCAUUGUCUAGUCUUAAGUCAUUGGGUGACAAAUUCUUUGGAGAUAUUCCUAUUACUGUUGAGUUAUGUUCUGAGCGCUGUAAAUCUCUGUCUAAUAGUUGGAGGCCACCACAAUCAUAUGAAUUGAAUGAAUUUAAUUUGAAUAAACUGUAUGUAGCAGGUAUCAAUCGUCGAUCAACUGAACAGGAAAUUCGGGACCUAUUUCCUAACGCUGAGUCUUUUGACUUCAUUGUACAUGAAGGUGCUUUGUGGCAUUGUCGUGUUAUAUUUACCAAUCAAAAAGACGCUCUUGAAGCAUUCAAUACACGACAUGGAGUUGUCCUCCAUGAUACGCCAAUUAACUUAAACUUUGACCUAAGGAGUCGUAAAUCUUCACUUUUAGUUCGUGCACCAAUCGUUUCAACAAUUACUGAUCCAAAGGUUUUGUCAAACGAAAAGCCGAAAAUGAAAAGCAGAAAAAGUAGUUUCCAUUUAAAUCAGCAACAAAGUCGGGGGAAUAAAUCUCUAACUGAAUCACCGAGUGGUCCUGUUAAGAAUUCAAACCUUGAAGCAAAUAAAAACAAAAGAAAAAGAACCAAAAAUGAGAGUGCCUCCAGUAAUUCAGUUCAGUUUUCUUUGGCUACUAACCAUGGACAUCAAGUUUCUAAACCAGUGCCGAAAAAGCGAAAGUUGGUGUAG